AGCUCGCGGUCGUUUUUUUCUCCCUGCCUCAUCUGUUGCAGAGCUGCAGGAGAAGUGUCAGUCCUGUCUGCAUCCUGCAGGCUGAAACAGAAGAAACGUUGUGUCAACUUACUCGGUAACAGCAGGGAAUGCGCUCAAAGAAGGAAAUGUGCCCACCGAGCUGUAACUGGGAGAGUCCGCGGAGUACACAGCCUGCUUUCUGAAGCCACUUCCUCAUGCGUAAAAGCAUCUUGAUUAUUCCUGGACUUUACGCGUCUGCGGUAUCGGCACGUUAUACGAAAAGUUGACCCUUAAAGCGUCAAAUGUAGACGCAGAAAGUAGAAAGAUUUAAGGACACCUACUUUGCGACUGGAAAACUUUUUCUUUGAGAUCUUGAGACGCACACAUUUCCCAGCUCGAAGAGGAGGAGGAGGAUUUUGGAGACAGAAGACAUGAAACUUUUUGGCAUCUGCGCGCUCCUGCUUGUAAAAGUCACCUUUGGAGAUGCCUGUGCCAGUGGUAAGUUCACUGAGUCGGGGCAGUGUUGCAGUCUGUGUCCUGCAGGCUUCGGAGUGGAGGUAGAGUGUGGGAAAGAGGAUACCAAGUGCACGCCAUGCCCACAGGGAAAAUUUUCCUCGUCAGAAGACCUCGACUCUUGCCAUCGCUGUUCAAGGUGCCCGCGGUAUGUCACCAUGGUGGCUUCUUGUUCUGCCACACAAGACACGCAAUGCAAAUGUAGAAGCGGCCUCUACUUUCGCUUAGACCUCUGUUUGCCCUGCUCUAAAUGCCCGAGGGGUCAGGGUGUUUCCCAAGAGUGUGGCCUCAAAGGAAACACCCAGUGCCAGGACUGUGGCCCGGGAACCUUUUCUGAAGAGGUCAGUGGCACCAAACCCUGCCAGAACUGCACCCAGUGCUCGGACAGCGAGGUGGAGAUUCGACCCUGCAUGCCCAACUCUGACACACUGUGCAUGGAUAAGAAGCUCCACAUUUUGUCUCGUCCUCCUCUGGAUGGGGCUAAUGGGACUCCUAGCUGGUCUGGUGUUACUGAGGGGGAGGCCAGUCCCGCUCCUGGAACACCCAAGUUUACCCCGCAGGACGAAGGCGGCAGCAACAACAUCCUGGCCUAUGUGUCUGUUCUGGCUGCGGUGGUGCUCGGCCUGCUCCUUUAUGUGGCUUAUAAAUGCUGGAAAUCGUGUAAACAGAAGAAGGCUCUCUCUAAGGCCCGAGCGGCUGAGUUGGGAACAUCUCCAGAGGGAGAAAAGCUCCAAAGUGACAGCGGUGUUUUUCUGGACUCUCAAAGCCUACAGGACAACCAGCCCAGCAAAGGUACCAAGAGGGACAGCAAGCAGGACAAUCGUCUGUACAUCAACCUCCCCCCUCACAGACAGGAAGAAGUGGAGCGCCUCCUUCAGGAGGGAGGGGGCCGGGGCUGGAGGCAGCUGGGUGCAGCACUGGGUUACGAGCCUGAACAGCUGGACCUGUUUGGGCGUGGAGAGGCCCCCGCUCACACGCUCCUCUCUAACUGGGCCCAGAAAGAAGGCUCCACUCUGGGACUGCUGUGUUCUGCACUGGCCCGCAUUGAGAGGCCUGACGUGGUCUCGGGUCUUAACUCUCCAACGCAGGGCGUCUCUGUGGUGUAACGGCUCCUCAAAUACAUUAUGGGACACUAAGAGACUCAAGUGAAGAACAGAUUGAGAUGAGAAGGGAGGCACUCUGACAUCAGCCCCUCUGUCACUGUAAGAGGCUGCCUUUGAUGCUUGUAAUUGCUUGGUGGACAUUUAUAAUUCAGUUUUGCUAAAAGAACAACAUAUUCUUGUAAUAUAUUCCUCUAUCCAUGUUAUAAGUCACCAUUUGAUGUUUUUUUAUGGAUAAGCUGCAUGAAUGAAAUCUCUUCAAGCCUCAGUGCCUUGCUCAGUGAACACUACAGAUGGGAUGUAACUCACAAUUUACUCCACAUACACAACAAUAAGUACAAAGUUGUUUACAUGCACACAAAUCUGGGUUUUUACUGAAUUUUUGCUUGCAACAGAAAUAGGAGAAAACUAUGUUUACAUGUGUGGCACGAGUGUUAUUAUCCUAAGACCACUGUUUGUAUUACUCAGUCAGUAAUCAGAUGUAUUCCUACUAAAAAAAUCAGCCCUACUAUUUGCUAAUGUAAACAAAAAUGGUCGGUGUGGAUCAUUAAGUUUUAUGUCUGGCUAUCCCUGUUUUAUGAAUCACUUCUUCAGUAACCACUUGUAGUUAUGGAACUGCUGUGGAUUUUUAUUUUUUUGCCAAAGGGGAGAUGGUUUCUUCCAAUAACACUACUUCCCAACAUGAUGUGACUCUCCCUGUAAUGGAGCAUUUCCUGUGCAUGUCCUGAAUACAGGAAAACUCCAAAGAAACCAAAUUUAGGGUUCACAUGGCCAAUUUCUGUUGUUAGAUCUUAACAAUCCCAGCGAUGCCUCCACAGUUACUGAUUUCUUUAUAAGAACACUUUUAAUCUUUUCUUCACUCUUGAUCAUUUCCUUCCUUUUCUGCCGCUGUCACUAAGUAGCCUUGUUAUUUAUUUACACUGAGGAUAUAUGUUAUACACCAGUGUUGUUUUUAGAAAUCCAUUAGAAGACAAGAAAAUGAAGCAUUUAAAAAAAAUAUAAAUGAGCUUUCUUAGCUCUUCCUAAUAAUCACCUAUGAAUGUAAAUAUCUUCAAUGUAACUGUUUUAUUCAAUAAGUCAUGGCAUGAGAUCGAGAAUGACCUGUGGAGUCUGAAAACACGAGUAGAGGCUAAUCUUUUCCUCUUACAUUCAGAAAGCACAGCUCCUUUUAUCUCCUUGAUUUCUUAAAUGACAAAAAGCAAAACAAAUAUAGAUGCUGUAUCAUCAAUGCUUGUGUCCACGUCAACAUCAUUUCCUUCUGCAUUUAUUUCAUCACCAUUUAAAGUGUGAAGCUUGACACAAUCUAUUCCAAGCAUUAAUAUCUGUGUUGUGCAAGUGACACUGGUAAAUCCGAGCUCACCGUUUUUAAAAUCACAGUUUAGAGUCAGUGAGCGCACAUUUAAAAAGAACUGUGCGCACUGAUGUAUAAAACAUAGGAAUGGAUUUACAAAUGGCUUUUUAUUUUUUCUCACCUUACAGGACUCUGUAACAAACCUUACGUUGUUGCGACGUCCUCAGAUGGUUUGAUAUUUUUUUAACGCCACAAAUGUUCGGUUCUGUGUAUAUAUGUUGUUAUGGUAUCCCUCCAUGUUUUUUUUUUUUAGAGUUUUAUUCAUUUAAUAAAUAACUGAAGUCA